UCCGAGACUACCGACGCCCACAAGCUACGGACUACUGUGCGAGCGAGCGAGCGAGCGAGAGAGCGGGCGGCCGGAGCCGAGGCUACGAACGUGUGAGGGAAGUGGAACCAGAGGCGUAAUCAAAACACGGAGUCUUGCCAAAUCCUGCCUAAUUUAUCUCCACACGCUCUGCCAGGAAUGGGGGACAAGGCGGGGACCAGAGUCUUCAAGAAAUCCAGUCCCAACUGCAAGGUGACAGUGUACCUGGGUAAGAGGGACUUUGUGGACCAUCUGGAUCAUGUGGACCCAGUGGAUGGAGUGAUCUUGGUGGAUCCAGAGUAUCUGAAAGAUCGGAAAGUGUUCGUGACCCUGACGUGUGCGUUUCGGUAUGGGCGGGAGGACCUAGAUGUGCUCGGUCUGUCCUUCCGGAAGGAUCUGCACAUCUCCACCUUCCAGGCGUUCCCGCCCCGGCCUGAGGAGCGUCGACCAAUCAGCCGCCUGCAGGAGAGGCUGCUGAAGAAGCUGGGCCAGCACGCGCACCCAUUUUACUUCACUAUUCCCCAGAACCUGCCCUGCUCAGUGACCUUACAGCCAGGGCCAGAAGACACUGGCAAGGCCUGUGGGGUUGAUUUUGAGGUCAGAGCUUUCUGUGCAAAAUCAGUGGAGGAGAAAAUUCACAAAAGUGUGUUUUGUAGGAACUCUGUGCGAUUGGUGAUCAGGAAAGUUCAGUACGCUCCAGAGAAGUCGGGCCCACAGCCCAUGGUGGAGACGACCCGUAGCUUCCUCAUGUCCGACCGAUCUCUACACCUGGAGGCCUCUCUGGACAAGGAGCUGUACUACCAUGGGGAGCCCAUCAGUGUGAAUGUGCAUGUUACCAAUAACUCCACCAGGACCGUCAAGAAAAUCAAAAUCUCUGUGCGGCAGUACGCAGACAUCUGCCUGUUCAGCACGGCUCAGUACAAGUGUCCCGUGGCCCACACUGAGGCUGAUGACCAGGUAUCGUCCAGCUCCACCUUCUGUAAGGUGUACACUCUCACCCCAACGCUCACCAGCAACCGGGAGAAGAGGGGCCUGGCCCUCGACGGCAAGCUCAAACAUGAGGACACGAACCUGGCCUCCAGCACCAUAGUGAAGGAUGUGUCCAAUAAGGAGGUUCUGGGCAUUCUGGUCUCCUACAGGGUGAAAGUGAAGCUGGUUGUGUCGCGUGGAGGGGACGUGUCAGUGGAGUUGCCGUUUAUCCUCAUGCACCCCAAACCCGUAGAACUGCCCAACUCUCGACCGGAAUCAGCUGUCCCAGAGCUGGAUCCCCCGAUCGACACCAACCUGAUCGAGUUUGAGACAAAUUUCUCUCAGGACGAUGACUUUGUGUUCGAGGACUUCGCCCGACUCCGUCUGAAAGGGAUGAAGGAGGAAGAGCACCUCUGCUGAGGCUCCGCCCCUGGUCACACCCCCUGCCCGGGUCAUGAGAGGGGGCGUGGCCAAGCUGCUGCUGCUGUAAAAAAAUGUUCCUUUUUUCUUUUGUACUUUCCCCCAGCCCCCCGGUCUCUCCCUUACAGCUCUGUCACUGAAGCCACUCUUAAGAUGGCCGCCUCUCUAAGAUGGCCGCCGCUGAAAUGCUGUCAACGCCAUAUUGAGCCCGGGCCCUUUGCCUGUCCUGCUGUUCUGUCACAGAAGGAGGGAAGCACAGUCUGCCCAUUACUGGCGGAAAGGGAGGGAAAUAAUCAUUUAGGUCUUUUUGUUUUUUUUGGAAAGGCAUGAGUAUGAAAGGAAGUGUGAGUGAUCUGUCCAUCAUCCUGUCAUUCUCAUCUGGGAGGGGCCAGGAGAACUGUGGAAACGGUGGACUACUGUGUGGAUACACACACACACACAC